GACCAGUUUUCUAAUUGACUUCAAAGCUAAAGGUUCAUAGUGGAGAAAUAAGUGAACAGUUUUUGUUUUUGACGGAAGACAAAUUCAGUGUUAACAAAAAAAAGUUAAAAACAGUUACAUCAACGCUUUUGAUUUUAUUUUAUUUUUCUUCCAAGUGUUUUAGUUUGCAACCAUUACGAAUUGUAAGAAUGCCAUCAAACAUGAAUAAUAAACUCGAUCCAAUAUUAAGUAGUAGUAUUAGAAGAGAAUUUUCGGAUAGCGGUAUUGGAAGCUCUGCCGAUGGCAAGUUCCGUACCAUUUCUACUUCAUCUUGCGCUACCAACAUGUCGACUGAGUCAUACUGUAUCUCUCUCGGCGUAGGGCCUCUGUGGUGGUCCGAUGUCCCUACCCACCACAGAACAGAUCACGAUAGGGCGUCACUCUUAACUGACUACACUCGAAAAAUUUCUGUGGAUUCAGGUGGUGGCAGCUUAUGUGAAAGCACUUCUUCAUCGGAGUGCUCCGAUUUGGAUUCACAAGACGGCGAUGGCGAUGGCGAUGGAGACGUACAUUCAUUGUAUUCGGAUGAUGAUUGUCAAGAGGUUGUUAAGCAAAUCUUGCAACAUAAUCAUCCAAUACGUAUAAUCAUCAAAUUGCACGUUACUGAGAACAAAUUCACCAAAUGGGAAUCUGUACUCAAUCCAUUAAACAACAUUUUGUAUGUGUCAAUGCCAGAGGAAUUACCACCGGAAGCCUCUAAGCAGACAUUCGUAUCCUUGCUAGAAUUUGCUGAGGAUAAAUUGGAUGUUGAUGCAGUUGUUUUGAUCAUAAAGAAAAAUCAAACUGAUCGUGCUCGUCUUAUUGAAACCUUUUUCAUAAUGGGUUUCCAACCAUUGUCCAGAAAAUCACCAAUGGCACCACCAGCAACAGAAAAUAAUUCCGAGAACUUCUUUCUCAUUUAUAAUAUUGAAGAUUAAGUUGACAAAUGCUGUUGAAAAAAAAAGAAAACAACAAAUUUUACAGCAACAAAACCCAACUAAAUUACAAUAUACAACCAACAGCAAACAAUAA